UUGUAAACACUCCGACCGCCGCCGCCGCCGCCGCCGUCGUCUCCGCCGUCGCCCGCCCGUUGCCUCUGCCGUUGCCGCAGCAGCUUCCAACCAAGAUGGCGGCCGGUGGGAGCGGCGGCGGCCUGUCGUCCUGCCCGCCGGGGGUGGGGAACGGCUGCAGCAACGGCAACGGCGGCGGAGGCGGCGGCGGCGGGCCCGGGACCGGCCUGAGCUACAAUAACUGCGCCGUGGCGGCGGCCGCGGCCUCGGCCCCCGGAAACCCGGCGGCCGCCUCCGCCUCGGCCGCCUCCGCGGCCUCCGCCGCCGCGGCCUCCUCCGCCUCCGCCGGGCCCGGGGCCGCCUCCGCCCAGGCCGCGGGGAGCGGCGGCGGCGGGGCGGCCUCGGCCGUGGCGGCGGCGGCCCCCGGCCCGGGCCCAGCCCCAGCUGCGGCCCCGCCCGGGGCCGUGGGGGCGGCGGCGGCUGGGCUGGUGCUGCACCGCGAGCCCGUCUACAACUGGCAGGCGACCAAGCCCACGGUGAAGGAGCGCUUCGCCUUCCUCUUCAAUAACGAGGUGCUCAGCGACGUGCACUUCCUUGUGGGCAAGGGCAUGAGCUCGCAGCGCAUCCCCGCGCACAGGUUUGUGUUGGCUGUGGGCAGUGCUGUCUUCGAUGCAAUGUUUAAUGGUGGAAUGGCCACAACUUCUACAGAAAUUGAACUGCCAGAUGUGGAGCCUGCUGCUUUCUUAGCUUUACUCAAAUUUCUUUAUUCUGAUGAAGUUCAGAUUGGACCAGAGACUGUUAUGACCACACUUUAUACAGCUAAAAAAUAUGCUGUUCCUGCUCUUGAGGCACACUGUGUGGAAUUUCUAAAGAAAAAUCUCCGAGCUGAUAAUGCUUUCAUGCUUCUAACGCAGGCAAGACUCUUUGACGAACCCCAGCUGGCCAGCCUGUGCUUGGAGAAUAUAGAUAAAAACACAUCGGAUGCCAUCAAUGCAGAGGGUUUCACAGACAUUGAUUUAGACACGCUUGUUGCGGUGUUGGAGCGGGACACCUUGGGCAUUCGAGAGGUUCGUUUAUUUAAUGCAGUAGUCCGCUGGUCAGAAGCAGAGUGUCAGCGGCAGCAGCUUCCAGUGACUCCAGAAAACAAGCGGAAAGUUUUGGGCAAAGCCCUUUCUCUCAUUCGUUUCCCACUGAUGACAAUUGAAGAAUUUGCUGCAGGGCCUGCUCAGUCAGGCAUCCUCACUGACCGAGAGGUGGUCAGCCUGUUUCUCCACUUUACCGUGAACCCAAAGCCGCGAGUGGAGUUCAUUGACAGACCACGCUGCUGCCUUCGAGGGAAGGAAUGUAGUAUCAACCGCUUUCAGCAGGUGGAGAGCCGCUGGGGCUACAGCGGGACUAGUGACCGCAUCAGGUUCUCAGUUAACAAAAGGAUAUUUGUGGUUGGGUUUGGAUUAUAUGGAUCAAUACAUGGACCAACGGAUUAUCAAGUCAACAUCCAGAUCAUUCACACUGACAGCAACACAGUCUUGGGUCAGAAUGACACCGGCUUCAGCUGUGAUGGGUCCUCUAACACAUUCCGGGUCAUGUUUAAAGAGCCUGUGGAGAUCCUGCCCAAUGUCAACUACACAGCAUGUGCAACACUGAAGGGUCCGGAUUCCCACUACGGCACCAAAGGCCUGCGCAAAGUGAUCCGGGAGUCACCCACAACGGGGGCCAAGACCUGCUUCACCUUCUGUUACGCGGCUGGAAACAACAACGGCACCUCGGUGGAGGACGGACAGAUCCCAGAGAUCAUCUUCUACACAUAAUGGCCGCCCGGCAGUACCCUCCUGGAGUGGCCCUCUCCCCCUCUCCUCUCCGGCCGAGUCCGACCGUGCCGAUGGGCGCGGCUGGCCCCACGCACACUUCAUGUUUCUGCCUCGUGUUAGUGAUGCCGCUGCCGCUCUCCCCCACAGACUGGUUUACAGGAAUCCACUAGAGUCACAUGGGGUAGUAACUGCCUCCAUUUUAGUGGUCAUCUUAUCCUCUGAGUUCAUGAAAAGCAUUUUUUUAAAAAUUGUAAUGAAUGUAGAUGCUUUUAUGUUGAUUAGAAGCAUGAAAAAAAUACUUUGGUUGAGGUGGGAAACUUCCUGUAAUGAGACAAUCCCUUAAGAGAUUGGAGGAAAAACAAAAGGAGGGUCAUAUUGACCCCUGCCAUGUCCUCCUCCCCCUUCCCUCCCACAUCCUCCUUCCUCAUACACCGGGGAAAGAGCAUUUGUCCUUUGGGUCCAGGGCUACAACCUAAUGGGGUGAGGUUUGCUUCACUGCAAAGGUUUUUAAGUGAAUGUCUGAAGAGAGCUGUUCUUGAAAGUUGGUCAGCCCUGUGCUGCCCCUCGGUCACUUGUAUUCCUUUGUUAACUAGAGACAAUCUGUUGUGCGUCCUAGAAGUGGCACCAGUUGAACUGACCACCUGUCUGUAAGUGAGGGCCAGCACGUCGGCGUGUGAAGAGGAGCAGAGGUGGGGUCCUAGAGCGCCCCAGCAGACUUUCUCCUGGGUCUAGAUAGUGGCACCAUUUUGUCAGUGUCCAGUAAGCUCGGGGGUGACCCCAGACUGUCUUGGGGGAGCCAGUUGAGAGAGAAAAAGGAAGUCCUUUCAGCGGCAGGAGUUGUCAGGUAAACUAACCUGAUCCCAGAACCCCUGUAAAACUGCCGUUGUCUGUGUCAUUUAUUUUUGUAGACUGCACGUUGCAAUGCAUUCUAGGAUUGACCCUUCUCCUGUAAGGAGGGGUAUGUAUGGUGUUGGGGGAAGGGAGAGAAGUCCUCGUUCUUAUUUUGUGUGUGUGUGUGUGUGUGUGUGUGUGUGUGUGUGUGUGUGUGUGUGUGUACUCCUGGAUGCCCAGAGCCUAGGUCAGGAAACGGCCCCGCCCAGAGGGCUCAUUGACAGAUAGUCCAGGGCUGAGGGAACAUUUCAGGAACAUGUUGCAGACUUUGUACUUGUUCAUCCCCACUCCUUCUAGUCCUCCCGUGGUCAGAUGGGGUCUGUGCUUGUCUGGGCCGGUCUCUUCCCUGUUUUAGUGCUUUAGUGAUGUAAAUUUUUCUGCAGCCUUUUUCUAAGGCUUACAUUUGGGAAAGAUUCUUAGUACAGAAGGGGGCAGCUUAUACCCGUUUGCUUUUUGCCUUGUUCUUACCGGAGAGGGUGAGGAUGUCCCUUUCCCCUUUCACUUCGUGCACAUUAGGGAAUUGACUCCAAGACCUGAUUUACAACUGGAUCACUCACAGAAAUGUCACGUUUUCCUUGUUUGAGAAUUGUGUGGGGCCAUUCCCCUGUUCCUUUUCUUUGUAUCUUGGUUAAAUGAUGCUACUCAGAUCCCCGAGGGGCGAAAAGGCUUGAGUUUGUUGUUCAUUUGCUUCUCUCUUCAAGGCCGUGUCAGAAGGGAGGAAGCCUCAGCUAAAAUGCAGAGAUGGGCUUGUCCUUCUGCCCCGUGUUGGAAUAUGGGGCUUAACUCACUUGGUUUAUCUCUGUGGGCACUGAAACGUGCCUCAAACCUGCCUCCUGCCCUCAUGCCUCCUCCCUCACAGCAACGAGCCGGGAAGAUGCCUUCUGCCUUGCUGUUUGAGGUCUGAGGACUUGUAUCUGAGGGCAGUUUUCUUACAGGGGUGAAUAGUCAUCCCCUUUUCUCUUCAACAGUAACUGUAGCUAGGCUUUGCUGUCCAGGCUGAGCUGGUAGCAGGCCAAGCCAUAUAGCCUGAUUGAACAGAGCUGGUAGAGAUGGAAGGCCCAGAUGUUCAUGUCAUAGGUCUAGUCCUUGGGUCAGGAGCCUGGUACCAGGCAGUGUGUGAGCUGAUUUCCUCAGUGGAUGACCAGGCCCACCAGCCCCUUCCUCCCUGCUAGAAUAUAGAUUGUGUUGCUGUCUCUGGUGAGCACUUAGCUUGCUUUUACCUUGAUGUUGUUACUGAAUGUCGGCGUUCUCUGCCUAAAGGUGCUGGAGGGACACCGUUAGGUCUCCCUGCUUUCCCACUUCCGUUUCCUCUGGUGCCCCCUUCCUUCCUCAUCUUGUCCCAUCCCCCUGCCCAAGAAAGCAGGAUAUUCCUUGGGUACUAUAUACCAAGCACUUGUAACAGGGGAAGAUGAGUUGUCAGUUUGUGCGUGUGCGCGCGCGUGCGUGUGUGCACAUGUGUGUGUAUGUGCGUGUGCUUGUGUGUGUGUGUGUGUGUUCAUUCCAACAGUUUUUCAGUUUCAGUGAUUCCUUCUGUUCUACAGAAUCCCUCCUCCCAGAAGCCAUGGCAAAGGUGUGGUCCCUCACACCUCGUCCUAUUGAAAUGAUUUUUUAAAAAUAAAAUAAAUGUGUAUACAUCUUCUGAGCAAUGUACAUUCUUAUGGCUUUCUGCAGUUUGGGCAUUGUAGCUAGGAUGGAUGUAACUCGCUGCUGAACAUGCCUGUCUCCUGAAGUUGGAGAAUUUCCUUGUAUUCAUGUCCACCCUUGAAUUGGAGUUGGGAAUGUCUCGAUUCAUGAGCAUUGCUAUAUUGAUGAAUGUAUCUAAUGAUUUCUCACAUUCAGUGUUCAAACACUCCGCUUUCGGCCAGCUUUGUGACUUGUAAAUAGGUAAUCAAUAAAGAAAUGGGGUUGGUUGUCUUUGA